CCAACAUAAUGGAAAGCCGUGGCCGUGGAAAGAGAAUGUCGACUGUGGUGACCGCUGCAGCGAGCAGUAGCACCACCAACACGACCAACAGUGCUAAAGAAACCAUCCCAGCCGGCAAUGUGGAGAAGAAGAAACCGGGACGCAAAUCCCUAGCCCUUACAGCUGCUGCUCGUAAACGAUCGCCAUCGCCUCCGAAACGUAAACCCUCGCCAGCACGGAAAGCUUCCCCCGCACGUCGCGCUUCACCGGCCCGUAAGGCUUCUCCUGCCCGUAAAGCAUCACCAGCCCGAAAAGCUUCACCAGGCAGAAAACCGAAAGCAGCGGCAGCAGCAGCAACAACAUCUACCGAUACGAAAGCACCGGAACCGGUAAAAAUAUCUCCCGAAGAACCGAGACGUUCCCAGCGGAUCCGCGCAUCGGAGGAAAAGGUCGAUUCGGUGCUACAGACGCUGAAAAAGUCUCCGAUCGAUAAGCGCCUAUCUACGAUACUGGACGAUGCGGAAGUGUCCGGCAUUAUGGCGGGUAGAUCGUCCUCCCUUAGCAAGAGCAUGACACCGAACGUUGGUCGCCGCUCGAAUGCCAUCACACCGACCACCGUGACCGAUCGUAGCCGGGUGACCGUAUCCCGUUCGAUGAGCGUCCUCCAGGACUACUCGGACCAGGAAGACGAUGGUGACAAUUUUCAUAGUUUUCGCCGCACAAACGAUAAUGGCAUCGGGGACAAGACGCACACUCAGCGUGCUUUAUCGCGACCACCGCUGCACGUGCAACAGGUUGAAUUUGGGGGCGUGCUAGGUGUCGCCGCGCUGUUGCUUGCGCUGCCACUGUUUAUGUUCGCAACGAAUCACUUCUGUUCCGGGGCGCAUCGUGACUGCCGGUUUGUGGUACCGAAAAGUUGGACCGAGUUUAGUACACUGUCGACGUACGUGAACAAGGAGAUUGGUGCGUUGUAUGCGCUGUUUGUGUUUGGUGUGGCGCUGCUGACCGGAUUGCCGAUCGGGAAGCAGGUGAGUCUAACGAACGACUCGCAUCAGAAGAAUACUCACAUUUUCAACGGUUUGCUGGUGGCGUUCGGUGCUGGUAUGGUCACGUUUGUUGCGGAGUAUUGCUACAAGUAUCCGCUUAUGUCGGUUAUCAGCCGUGGAUACAAUCAGUUACUGGUGCUAAGCUUGCUCACGGCGCUGGCCGUCGCACUGGUCGCGUACGUUAAGGCACGCAAUGUUACCGGGCUGGUGACAAACUCGUACGGAAAAUCGGGCUACUUUCUGCUCGAUUACUAUGCCGGCCGUGAGCUUAAUCCGACCGUACUGCACGUGUUCAACCUUAAGCUCAUCACCUACCACGUAUCGUUGGUACUUGCGCUGCUCUUUAACGGCAUUAUCCUGUACCGUAAUCUGCACUUUGCUGCACUGCCGGAGCAACUGGUCGGUGCACCGUUGCAGGAGCGGCUUCUUUACUCCGUGCAGAAUCUUACCUGUGAACCGGUUCCGGUGGCUGCCGCUGGAUUAACACUCCUGUACCUGUUCGAUCUGCUGGCGUACGAACAUCACAUGGCCGCGUCGUUUGAGCUACAACAGGAAGGAUUCGGUGCUCAGAUGCUGUUGCGUUAUGCCAUCUUCCCAUUCGCUUUGACUCUGAUGCCGAAGUACGUCGCGGCACACAAACUAGCGGACGUUCCGUUGUGGGCUGUGGGUUUGUGUGUUGCUGUGGCUCUGGUUGGGCUGUUCGUGAAACGAGCUUCGAUGCGGCUAAAGUAUCUGUACCGGUUGAAUCCUUUGGGCGAGAAGGUUGCAUGCUUGGAAACGUAUCCCACCUUCCAGGGACGAAGAUUGCUGGUGGCGAAAUGGUGGCGUAUCGUGCGUCAACCGAACUACGUCGGUGAUAUUCUGCAAAAUGUCGCUCUACUACCGAUACUCUACUGGCGCUUUGCCUGGCCACCGUUGCUAGCGGUUCUGUUUACCGUGCUCGUUCUGGUGCAUCGUGCCAAGCGAUUGAAUCUUCGCAACGCUCAAAAGUACGAAUCGUCGUGGGUUCGCUAUUGUAAUGCUGUUCCACAUUUGCUUGUGCCCCGCGUUUACUAA